UAACAUCAUCAAAGCUCAAAUGAUAACGUUGACUGCUAGUAGUUUGUGUUGACUGCCGAGUUGUAUUCGGGAUCUAAACGAUAAAAUAAUCUUAAAAUUUAAAUAAAAUCUCAGGAUACUAUGGCAGAAUCUACAGAGCCAGUAAAGAUAAAUAAAUGGGACGGCGCCGCUGCCAAAAAUGCCAUUGAUGAUGCCAUCAGAGAGGUACUGACUAGAGAUCUAAAAUGUAAGGAGAGUUUUGCGCUCAUAGAUGGGAGGUUAUUCCUAUGUGCAUUAGCGGUUGGCGUCGCUUUAUACGCCCUUCUUUGGGACUAUCUUUAUCCAUUCCCUCAGUCAAGACUGGUGCUGAUAAUCUGCGUGUCUUCAUACUUCGUGCUGAUGGGAAUCCUGACACUUUACACAACAUUCAAAGAGAAGGGAAUCUUUGUAGUUGCUAAAGAAAAAGUUGGGAACAACACUAGAGUUUGGGAAGCCAGCUCUUAUGUUAAAAAACAUGACGAUAAGUACAACCUAGUGCUCGUAAUGCGCGAUUCGACCGGCAAGCUGCGCGAGGCGUCCAUCAACAAGUCCUUCGCCAACUACAUCGAUACCAAUGGCACCGUCGUCCAGAACCUGGUCAUCAGCGAGGUCACAAAACUUUACAACUCUCUCUCGUCUGAAAAGAAAGAGAAGUGAUUGUCUCAAUUUUGUAACUGUAAUUAUAAGGUCUGAUUUAUAUUACAAUAAAUGGU